AUGUCUUCUCAUCGGCCUUCAGCUUUAUCCGAACCUGAAAUUCUUAUCAAUAUUCAAUUCUCGUUUUGGCAAAUAUUUAAACCUCAUUUUCCACGUUUUAUUCUCACGGCAUUCGUGGAUGUUGUUCUUCCAUUAUUGAUCUAUUUUCUUCUUCAGAAACAUAUCAAACCCGUCUAUGCACUUGUCAUCGCCGGUACACCACCACUUCUGAUGGUCAUUUCUAAAGCCACCCUGUCACGUACAUUCGAUGCACUCGGAUUUCUCAUUGCACUUGGCUUUAUCAUAUCCGGUGUCGUUGCAAUUAUAACACGAAAUCCCGUUAUAAUACUACUAGAAAAAUCUCUGAUCACUGGUAUUCUAUCGAUCAUAUUUGCUUUAACGUUGAUUCCGUUGACCUGCUGUCAUCAUCGGUGUCGUUUACGUCCGUUGGGUUACUAUUUUUAUCAAGAUUUAGUUCCCACUAAUCGAGUACAAAUCGGUCUACCAGCAAACAUAUUCGAUUCUGGUGAAUAUUCCGAACACGAUGUUCUCAUUCCUAAAAUGUCCGAUCGAGAAGAAAUAGCGAAAGUUUAUGAAUGGCUUUAUGAGAAUUGCUCAUCAUUUCGCAUUUCGUGUUAUGUGAUAACAAGCGUGUGGUCAAUUGGCUUUCUCGGCGAAUUUUUGACGCGUCUUACACUGAUUCUCAUUCAUUUAUCAGUGAAUAAGAUCGUUCUCUAUGGCAAUUUAAUAUUAACCAUAAUCACUGUGAUAUGUACAGCGAUUACCAUUACUUGUAUAACAAAAGAAAGGAAACAAACGUUGAUCUUAGUCGAACAAUGGAAAAAUACGCAUUUAAGUCAACAAAUAGAUUAG